GCGGGCUGCUCCGGGGCUCGCCUGCACACUUCGGCUCCCACACAGGAGACCGGCCGCUCUCCGACCAGCCGCGGGCGCCAAGCCCAGAUCUGCCAGUGAGCCUCAGGCUUUGGGAACUGAAGAGUGUAUCUGAAAAACCCACCCAGCAUUCCAAUGGCUAGCAACAAUACCGCCAGCAUAGCACAAGCCAGGAAGCUGGUAGAACAGCUGAAGAUGGAAGCCAACAUCGACAGGAUAAAGGUAUCCAAGGCUGCCGCAGACUUGAUGGCCUACUGCGAGGCUCAUGCCAAGGAAGACCCCCUGCUGACCCCCGUCCCGGCUUCAGAAAACCCAUUUAGGGAGAAGAAGUUUUUCUGCGCCAUCCUUUAAGUCUUCGCGAGGAGCCUGUAGAGCCUCGGGGCUCCUGGGACACUGAUGUUGAGUUUUUAGCAAAGUGGGCGCCUUUCUAGUCCACAGCAUUUAAAGAGAGGGAGGAGAACCAUCCUGGAAACUCCAGGCUAUGCAUGUUUAAAGAACCGGUCCCCUUGAUGAGAAUGAAAGCCAAACCACAUCCCGAGUUAAGAGAUCUGAUAUCUGCAGAACUGCCUGGAGGAAGGGAAUAUGUAAAGAUAAAAUCCGCCUCAUUUCUUUUCUGCUAUCCCUUCCCAAACCUUAUGUUUCUGCUUCAUAUUUAAAAAAAUAAAAAUAAAAACAGACAGCUGUACUGAGCUAAGAUAUGUAUGACCUUCUUGGAAUGAAUAUUGCCUUUAGAAUACCCUUUGAUAAGCUGAAUUGUCCAGUGUAGCCGCGGUUUGGUUUAAUGGCAUUGAUGUUUAGUCUUUGUGCCUUUUUCUUUUUUCCUUCUCUCCUGCCUCUCCUUCCCAUCCCUUCCGGUUAGAGUAGUGCAGAGCGAAGACUGGAUUAUCUACGAGACUGAACUCCAAGGAUGAGCACCCAAGUGUUUAGGGAGCUGUUCCCCGUGUUUUGUCCUCAUGGUGAUAACAACAAAAAAUGCCCAGUUGUCUGUGUUCUCUUAUCACCAUUCCUAACAUUUGUACAUGAUAGCUUUGAUUCUGCAAGUAAAAGUAAAUCAUGUGUUGUGACUGGUGCUUUCAUAUAUUUGUGACGAUUUUUUAGUAAUCCUGCAUGAAAAUGUCCCUAUGUUACAUCCAUUCAGAAGGUUUGUUGUUUUACUCAAGUUUGGAACAGGAAUGAGAAGGAAAAGAAGCUGGAGAAGAACAAACUCAGUGUCUUGUAAACUGAGAUGACUUCAGAGCCUUAGCCGUGCCUAAAAUACCUCUGAGUUCACGGUGGCUUAAACGCCUCUUCAACGUAUUUUCCAGAAUCCAAAGCAUUUUGGUUGUAUCUAGGAUUCAGGGCAGCACAGGAAUCAACGGGCAGGAGAAGAAAGGAAGGAUUCACCAUCAGUGAGGAGACCUUUUUGUCAUAGAGUAAGAGCCAAUUUCAUCUUUCCUUGCAUUGUGGAAAUUUUAGAUUGAAAGAACACUUUCUGUUCGUUCAAAUAUCAGGAGAAAUAAACCAAUGGCUCCAGAGAAGACCCAUUCUCAGAAUCCCGGCUGUUCACCUGCCAGGGAGAAGGAGGCAGGUUAGGGGCCCACCAGCACCACCAGAAGGGGUUCUGGCUCUCUCUUGCCACUGGGAUAGUCUUUGCUUUUCACUCCCCAAAUUUCUCAAAAAGAGCCUUUUCUGGUUUUGUUCUCCAUCUUGUUCGUUAGAGUCUCUCAGUCCUUCUGUACAACUUCCUUGCCGCUAGAGCUCUCUCUUCCUGAGAGGUGAUAUUGAAACUGAUUCUUCAUUUCAGCUGUAGCCUUCCUCAGUAAGGGAAGGUACUGGAAACCUGCAUCACUUUUUCCUGUGCCAUUCCCAAGCAAAAGAGGACCGGUCUUACAGCUCGCUGUUUACUUUGAAAUUGCAAAAGACCAUAUCCAAUUUCAUUCUAUUCUCUUUCCCUUCUCUUCCUUCUGUUUAAAAAAAAAAAAAGGUGAGGAAGGAAAA